AUGGGCUUCUUCGCGCUCGAGGAGUGGGCAGCGGCCAAUCGCGACUACAACGAUACCCCAGCACCGUACUGGCAUGCAAAGUCGGUACCCGAUGGCUUCACUGCCAUCUCAGGAAUCCUAUGGUCUAUCUCGUACAUAUUAAUGGCCAAGAUGGCUUUCAAGGAUCGGUCUUACGCAAUGCCUCUCCACUGCCUGUGCUUGAACAUCACAUGGGAGGCAGUUUACGGGUUUGUGUACGGCCCGGGGCUGCUGAAUCAAGUCGUAUUCGCACAAUGGAUGAUUGUCGACGUGGUCCUCUUCUAUGCAAUUUUCCGAUCGGCCCCAUAUGCCUGGAAGCAGUCACCCCUGGUAGCGCAGCAUCUUGCAGGUAUAAUUGUGGUCGGAUGCGUGAUCUGUCUGUGGCUGCACUUGGCAAUCGCGGCCACGUUUAUCCCGAGUAUUGGUCGACAGGUUGUUUUCAUGACUGCCUGGCCCAUGCAGGUUCUUAUCAAUUUCAGCUCAAUCGCCCAGCUUCUGUCGCGUGGAAAUACCCUCGGUCAUUCUUGGGGAAUUUGGAUAAGCAGGUGGGCAAGAAUGUUAGGCACUAUUGCGGCUGCUUGUUGCUUUUUUUGGCGCGUAUAUUACUGGCCCGAGCGAUUUGGAUAUGCGUGGAGCCCUUACGGGCGGUUUUUGCUGCUGGGUAGUAUCGGGUCUGACAUGGUAUAUGCUGUGGUCUACACCUAUGUGCAAAGUCUGGAGAAGCAGCAGGACUCUGUGGCUAAUAUCAAGGGAAAAAGGAGACAUUGA